GACUGCUUAGUUAGACUUGUAAAAAUUUCUAAUCACUCUCUCUCUCUCUCUCUCUCUCUCUCUAUUUCUUUAAAGAUAGAGAGGAUAGAGAGAGAGAAGGACAGAGACAGAGAUUUCUAGUCCUAUUAUAUCUCUCCACCAUUCGGACACUUCUUCAUAGCCCCUCUCUUCCCCUCUCAAGAUUUUCACUUUUCUCUGGUUGGUUUGAUAAGAAAAGAUUGAGAAAUGGGUUUGUGGGCUUAUUUUAUUUUCACUAUUAUUUCUCAUUUCUUGGUUCUUCCUUAUACAAUAAAAGCUACUAGUAGCUGCGAUUUCUUUACUGGUACUUGGGUCAUUGACAGUUCAUACCCUCUUUACAACUCCUCAAUCUGUCCUUUCAUUGAGAGAGAAUUCAGCUGCGAAAAGAAUGGCCGUUCCGAUUUAUUAUACACCAAGUACAAAUGGCAGCCAUUUGGUUGCGAUUUACAGAGGUUGGACGGUGUGGAUUUCUUGGAAAGAUUUAGAGGGAAAAGCAUAAUGUACGUUGGUGAUUCCCUAAGUCGGAAUCAAUGGCAAUCAUUGACUUGCAUGAUUCACUCUUCAGUGCCUAAUGCUCAAUACACUAUUGCAAGAGAAGGAGAUGUUUCUAUAUUUACAUUCACGGAUUACGAAGUCAAAGUGAUGCUAGACCGCAAUGUGUACCUAGUGGAUGUCGUGAGAGAAAAUAUUGGGAGGGUGUUGAAAUUAAAUUCAAUCGAGGGUUCCAAACUUUGGAAAGGCAUUGACAUGCUCAUCUUUAAUACGUGGCAUUGGUGGAACCGCAGAGGACCCACUCAACCAUGGGAUUAUAUUCAAGAUGGAAAUGAGAUUAAAAAAGAUAUGGAUCGUAUGCUUGCUUUCAAGGAGGCACUCACAACAUGGGCAGCCUGGGUUGAUUCAAACAUUGAUCCUACAAGGACAUUGGUUUUUUUCCAAGGAAUUUCUCCAUCUCAUUACAAUGGGACCCUGUGGAAUGAACCAAGUGCAAGGAGUUGUGUGAGAGAAGAAGAGCCAGUGUCUGGGUACACGUAUCCAGGAGGAUUGCCACCAGCCGUGGAUGUGCUAAAGGGUGUACUAAGAACAAUGAAAAUGCCUGUGAAAUUGCUUGAUAUAACACUCCUCUCUCUGCUACGUAAAGAUGGACAUCCUUCUAUUUAUGGGCUUGGCGGGUCCACUGGCAUGGAUUGCAGCCAUUGGUGCCUUGCUGGUGUUCCAGAUACAUGGAACGAAAUUCUUUAUAAUCUCAUUCUUUAAUGACAAAAAGAUAAUAUAG